AUGGCAGGUGACUUAAAGACUACUCGACUGGAUCUGACUGCAAGUGAGAGUCGGUGGCUUGAUGACUCAAAAGAUGUGAGGAAGGUCAACUCUGCUGUUUCAACAUUCGGCGAUGGCUACUCCCCGGCGCAGGGCCCCGUGUUCCUGGCCGAGCCGCCGCCCCUCGUGCAGUUCCUCAACUCGACGGGCGUGGUGGUGGACUGCAGUGCGGCGGGGCAGCCCGCGCCCCGGGUCACGUGGGUGGACGCGGCGGGCCAUGAGGUGCUGCACGUCCCCGGCCUCAGGGAGGUGCUGGACAACGGCAGCCUGUACUUCCCGCCCUUCCCCGCCCAGAUGCUGCGCUCCGGCCUGCACGCCAGCACGUACCGCUGCAGGGCCGCCAACGCCGUGGGCGUCGUCGUCAGCAGGGACUGCACCGUCCGCGGAGAGACGCUGCACAGCUGGUCCACGCAGGUGCACCGCGUGCAGUCCCUGGCCGGCAACGUGGCCGUGCUGCGCUGCAACAUUCCCUCCGCGGCCAGGCCACUGGUGCGCGUCGUGGGCUGGCAGCGGGACAUGGCCACCAUCCACAUGGGCACCAGCGGCAGGUACACGGCCACGUCGCAGGGGACGCUGCACGUCCGCGACGUGUCCGACGACGACGUGGGCCACACGUACUACUGCCAGACGCAGCACGUCAUCAGCGGGGACGUGCGCCUCAGCUCCGGGGCGCAGGUCAUCGUCAAAGCGUCCGAUGCGGACGUGGCGCCGCACAUCGAGUCCUCGGCCAGCACGGUGCACGCGCGGGCCGGCGCGGCCACGGAGCUAGUGUGCGCCGCCCAGGGCCACCCCCCGCCCACGUACAGGUGGUACCGCGAGGUGGGCGGCAGCCUGCUGGAGCUCGACCCGCACCACCUGCGCGCGCGCCCGCUGGACUCGGUGCUGGAGUUCCCGCGCGCGCAGCCCGAGGACAGCGGCCGGUACGCGUGCGUGGUCAGCAACCGCGUCAAGGAGGCGCGCCGCCACCUGCAGCUCGUCGUCAGCCACCCGCUCAGCGCGCACCUCCGGCCGCAGCACCAGGUGGUGGACGCGGGCAGGACGGUGGUGUUCAACUGCUCGGUGCGAGGCGGGCUCUCCGCGGGCCCGGCCUCUGUGGGCUUCCUCAAGGACGGUGAACCCGUGGUGCAGGGCGGCAGGCUUUCCGUGCACACGACACAGACCGGCAUGGACCUGGUGGUGCGGCGCGUGGUGCCCGCGGACCGCGGCAUGUACCAGUGCGUCGCCAGCAGCGGCGAGGAGACGGUGCAGGCCGCCGCCGAGCUCGCCCUGGGAGCCAUCGCCCCCGAGCUCCUGGACGGCUUCCGCGAGCAGACGCUGCAGCCGGGGCCGCCGCUGUCGCUGCACUGCGCCGUGUCGGGGCAGCCGCCGCCCAGGGUCACGUGGCUGCUGGACGGCGCCGAGCUGCCGCCCCUGCUGCAGCCCGCCUACCAGCUGGGCUCCUUCGUCACCAACCGCGGCAACGUCAUCGCCCACCUCAACGUGAGCGCCGUGCGCGUGGUGCAGGGCGGCCUCUACACCUGCCUGGCCAGGAACAUCCUCGGCGCCGUGCACCACUCCGCGCCCAUCAACGUGUACGGCCCGCCCACGGCGCGGCCGCCGCUCAACCUGACGGCCGUGGCGGACACGGACGUGUUCCUGCGCUGCCCCGUGGCCGGGUACCCCGUGACGAGCGUGACGUGGUCGCGCGCCGGCCACCGCCUGCCCGACAACAUGCGGCAGCGCGUGUUCCCCAACGGCACGCUGCUGCUGCGCGGCGUGCAGGGCUCGGCGGACCGCGGCCAGUACGCGUGCACCGUCACCAACCAGCAGGGCCAGCUCGCGUCCAGCACACUGCACCUCAACGUCAUGAAGCCGCCGGUCAUCGUGCCCUUCUCGUUCCACUCGGGGCUGGAGGACGGCAACCGGCUGCAGGUGUCGUGCAGCAUCAUGUCGGGCGACCUGCCCAUCGGCAUCGAGUGGCGCAAGGACGGGCAGCCGCUGCCGCCGGACGACAGCGUGUCGGAGCAGCAGCACCAGUUCGCCUCCAACCUGCUGUUCAGCGACCUGUCGGCGCGCCACUCGGGCAGCUACACCUGCGUGGCCAGCAACGCCGCCGCCUCCGCCAACUACACCGCGCCGCUGCUCGUGCGAGUGCGCCCCCGCUGGCUGGUGGAGCCACAGGACGUGGAGGUCCUCCACCAGGAGCCCGCCGCCGUGCACUGCCGGGCGUCCGGCUUCCCGGAGCCCACCGUCACCUGGAUGAAGGCCCCGGAGCAGGCGGCGGCCGACCCCAUGCUCACCGUGGCCGAGAACGGCAGCGUGCUGCUGGCCGCGGCGCAGCCCAUGCACGCCGGGAGGUACAUGUGCCAGGCCAGGAACGGCAUCGGGCCCGGCAUCAGCAAGGUCAUCCACCUCAGGGUCAACGUGCCGGCGCACUUCCACACGCGCUCCGUGAACGUGAGCGGCGCGGCGGGCCAGGCCGUGGUGCUGGACUGCGCCGCGUCGGGGGACCCUCCCGUCAGCAUCGCCUGGUCCACGCCGGGCGGCGGCGAGCCCUCGGCGAACCGCAUCAUGGAGACCCCGACGUCGACGGUCAGGGGCGGCCGCGGGGGGCUGAGCUCGCAGCUGCACCUGGUGGCGGAGCGGCACCACGCCGGCAUGUACCACUGCACUGCCAGCAACAAGUACGGCUCCGACUCCAUGGUGGUGUACCUCGCCGUGCAAGAGGCCCCGAGCGCGCCGUCGGGCCUGGAGGUCCUGGAGGCGGGCAGUCGCUGGCUGUCGCUGGGCUGGGCCGUGGACGGGUCCGGGGCCACGCACCACGUGAUCCAGUUCAGGAGGGAGCCGUCCUCGGCGUCGGACGCCAGUGCAGCGGACAACAGCGUGGUGUCCGCCACGCCCCCGCAGCCCCAGCCGUGGUACAACGUGACGGUGCCGGGCGGCGGGCAGCGCUCGGCCAAGGUGACGGGGCUGGACCCCGCCACCACGUACGCCAUCCGGGUGCUGGCCGCCAACGAGGUGGGCGUCGGCCCGCCCGGCAGCCCCGUCACGGCGCAGACCCUGCAGGAGGCACCGACGCUUCCCCCAGCCGACGUCACCGCAGACCCGUUCGCCCCGGAGUCUCUCACCGUCCGGUGGAAGGCCCCGUCGCUGCUGUCCUCGGCGCUGCUGGGCUACCAGGUGCGCUACCGCGCCGUCUCCCUGCCCGGGCAGCCCUCACUGAGCGCGCUCCCCGCCGCCGUGGCCCUCGCCGGCAUGGCCUCGGACCAACAGGAGCCCGACGUCGGCGUCAGCGGCGCGCCCUGGGUGUCGCGGACCGUGCGGGUGCCCACCGAGCCGCCCGGGUCGGUCCGCUGCACGCCGCUCACCUCGCAGAACGUGCGCGUGCGCUGGGAGCCGCCCCCCAAGGCGGGACGUCGCGGCAUGCUGGACGGCUACAAGGUGUUCUACCGCCGGAAGAUGCCUGCAGGGCUGCCCCCGACGGACCAACCAACCUGGAUGGCGGCCAGCCCCGAGAUGGAGGUGAAGAAGACCAUGAACCUGGAGACGAACCUGUUCGGCCUGGCCAAGUUCAGCAACUACACAGUGCAGGUGGCGGCGCUGACGAGCGCUGGCGAGGGCGUGCGCUCCGACCCCGUGCACUGUACCACGGAGGAGGACGUGCCCGGGCCUCCUGAGCAGGUGAAGGCGCUCGCCAUGUCCUCCGACAGCAUCCUGGUGACGUGGACGCGGCCGCUCGAGGCCAACGGCAACAUCGGCAAGUACCUCGUGUACAUGCGGCCAGCGUCGCCCCAGGGGCAAACCAGGGAGGUGCGCAAGGAGACGGUGUACGCGGGUGGCGACCGCGGCGCUGACCUGGCCCUGGAGGUGCGCCGCCUCAAGGAACUGGAGCGCCUGGAGCUGUGGGUGACGGCGUCCACCAGUGUGGGGGAGGGCCCGCCCAGUGCCCGUGUCAGCCAAGCGCCCGUGUCCAGAGUGCCCGCCAGGAUCGCGUCGUUCUCCCGGAGCGCCGCCUCGGGGGAGGGCCAGAUGCUGACACUGGCGUGCCGCGCCGUGGGCGUGCCCGCACCCUCCAGGACGUGGCGGGGGCCGCGCGGGCUGACGCGCGCCGUGGCCGCCAACGGCGUCAGCGGCAACGGGGAGCAGGGCGACGCGGCGGCCGGCAGGGCCGUGCUCAUCGGGGACGGCUCGCUGCGACUGGGGCCGCUGUCCGCGCAGGACGCCGGCAACUACUCCUGCCAGGCCGUCAACGUGUUCGGCAAGGACGAGAUCCACUACCGCGUCGUGGUGGUGGGCCCGCCCGCCGCGCCCGUCCUCUCGCUGGCCGCGGCCACCGACCGCACCCUGCAGCUCAAGUGGACCACCGGGUCGGGGGCGGGCGAGUCCGGCGCCCCGAUCACGGGGUACGUCCUGCAGUUCAAGCGCGAGCUGGGCGAGUGGCAGGACCGCGAGCUGGACGGCGAGCUCACGUCGUUCACGCUGACGGGGCUGCGCUGCGGCUCGCCCUACCUGCUGACCCUGGCCGCCGUCAACGGCGUGCCGGCCGCCGAGGAGGUGCUGUCCGUCAACUCGACGACGGCGUCGCUGUUCCUGGACGCGUGGCCGGUGGCGGGCUGCCCCGUCACGUACUUCGUGGUGGACUUCCGGACGCGCGAGGCGGGGGAGAGUCCCGGGCCCUGGACGCUCGUGGCGAACCGCGCCGGCCCCCAGCAGACCGUGGCCGUGGCGGGGCUGGCCCCCGCCUCCUGGUACGAGCUGCGCGUCGCCGCGCACUCCGACGCAGGCUCCACCCGCGCGCCCUUCGUGUUCGCCACCAGGACCAAGACAGGCGACCUGGUGCCGCUGGAGCUGAUGCCCGCGCUGGCGGAGGGGCCCGGCCCACUCGCCAUGCCCACGCCCAUCACCCUCCUCGUCGCCGUGGUGGCCGGCCUCGUGUGCACGGCCGCCGUCGCCGCGUGCGCCAUCAUCGCCUUCAGGAAGAGGCAAUAUGCGGGUUAUAGGAGAGGCGACGCCAAGACCAUGGACGAGCUGGAGAACCAGCGGAACCACGAACAGCACCACCAGGUGCACCACAACCACCACCACCACCACCCGAUGCCGCUGCCGCACCAGGAGCAGCUGUACUCGCCGUCGCCCGGACGCAAGGGCGGCAUCGCCUCGUCCCUCACGGGCCAGAAGGGCAGCGACACCUCGGACUACGAGAUCUGCCCCUACGCCACGUUCAGCCUGGCCAACGCGGGGCAGGGCGGCGGAGUGGGCCCCGGGACCGGGCCGGCCACGGGGUCGCUGACGCCCUCCAAGUCGCUGGCCAGCUACUCGCUGCAGCUGCACACCUUCAGCCAGCGGGACUGCUACGCCGAGGGGCCGCCGCGGCGCCACGGUCAGCACUACUCCAGGGACUCGAGGGACUCGAGGUCGCGGAGUAAGGCGUCGGCCGCGUCGGGGGCCGCCACGCCUCGGCCGUCGGACAGCGAAAUUUCGUGCAUUUCCAGCCAGCAGACGUUGCCCAUGUCGCUCGCCGUGCACCAGAGGCGCAAGACGGCCUCGCCCACGCACUGCCGGGAGCGGGGCAGCGUGUCCUCAGGAGUGGGCAGGCCCCGCAGCCUGGUGAUGGCGCCGACGCCGGGGCCUGGCGCGCGCUACGAGUCGGACAGCAGCAGCCCGAGCGACAAGCACGGCCACAACCACGGCCUGAACCACGGCCACAACCACGGCCACAACCACAUGGCGAGCUACAGCUACCGGCAGCACGCCCACACGCCGAGCCGCCGCUCCUCCAAGAGCCAGGACAACGACUCGAGCGGCGACUCCGCGGACGUCUCCCCGGAAGUGGGCCACCGGACACAGGGGCCGGCAUGCAGGUCGCUGCCGAGGCGUGCCUGCUCCAACGGCAUGGCGGGCUCUCCGGCCUAG